AACAUAGGUCAACUUGGCAUUCCUCAUGGGCCUUCCGGGGAGAAGGUAGCUGUAGUAACUGUGGAUGACUGUGAUACCGCAGUGGCUGUGCGCUUUGGAAGUCUGAUUGGAAACUACUCCUGCGCUGCUCAGGGAACACAGUCCGGCUCCAAAAAGUCGUUGGAUUUAACCGGCCCUCUUCUGCUCGGAGGUGUUCCCAAUUUACCUGAAGAUUUUCCUAUACAUAACAGGCAGUUUGUUGGUUGCAUGAGGAAUCUUUCUAUUGACAGCAAGCCCAUCGAUAUGGCCAGUUACAUAGCCAAUAAUGGCACGCUUGCAGGUUGCUUAGCUCAGAAAAAUUAUUGCACCACAAACUGGUGUCAGAAUGGUGGUACCUGUGUGAGCAAAUGGAAUACUUACAGUUGUGAUUGCCCGCUGCGAUAUGGGGGGAAAAACUGUGAGCAAGCAAUGCCUUUUCCUCAACGUUUCACUGGGGAAAGCAUCAUCACCUGGAAUAACCUUGAUAUCACUAUUUCCAUCCCAUGGUACAUUGGCCUCAUGUUUAGAACUCGCAAGGUUAACGGUGUGUUAAUGCAAGCUGAUGCAGGAGCAUCGUCUAAGAUUAAGAUACAGAUACUGAAUAAAUAUGUGGUAUUUGAGGUCUAUGAUGGACAGAAUCAGGUGGCCAGUUUGAAGAUGACCCAGGUGAGGAUCAAUGAUGGCGAAUGGCAUCAUUUGCUAAUAGAGUUGAAGAGUGCAAAAGAUGGCAAAGACAUCAAGUAUCUUGCAGUUGUGUCCUUGGAUUAUGGCAUGUAUCAGAGCACUGUACAGAUUGGAAAUCAGUUACCUGGACUAAAAAUGAAAAGCAUUAUUGUAGGAGGCACCUCUGGAGAUCUAGUCUCUGUGCAGCAGGGCUUCUAUGGCUGUCUACAGGGAGUGAGGAUGGGAGAAACAUCUACAAAUGUUGCUACAUUGAACAUGAAACAGGCAGUCAAGAUUAAUGUCAAGGAAGGCUGUGAAAUAGACAAUCCUUGUGAUUCCAACCCUUGUCCACUUCACAGCUAUUGUAGUGAUGACUGGGACAGCUAUUCAUGUAUCUGUGACCCAGGUAAUUAUGACUUGUACCAAACAGAAAUUCAUGCUUAUAAUCUCAUGCAAGAGAAUGAGGAUACUAAACUGGCAGGAAUUGCCAACAUCUGUGAUGGUGAACCUAUGCGAUUCUUACAUCUUUCUACCUUCCAAUUCCUCUGUAGAAUUGAUUUACCUUGUCCCAGAGGCUGGUGGGGAAAUCCUAUUUGUGGGCCGUGUAAUUGUGAGAUCAGUAAAGGAUUUGAUCCUGACUGCAAUAAGACAAAUGGAGCAUGUCGAUGUAAGAUAAACUAUUACCGACCACAGAAAAAUGACUCCUGCUAUCCAUGCGAUUGCUUCCCUUCUGGUUCCCAUACUCGUACUUGUGACAUGGAAACUGGACAAUGUCCCUGCAAAUCAGGAGUGAUUGGACGACAGUGCAAUCGCUGUGAUAAUCCCUUUGCUGAAGUUACACCUCAUGGAUGCGAAGUGGUUUACAAUGGAUGUCCCAAAGCUUUUGAGGCUGGCAUUUGGUGGCCACAAACCAAGUUUGGACAACCUGCUGCUGUUCCAUGUCCUAAGGGAUCAGUGGUUAUUGCUGUUGACGUAUUUGAAAAGUCCAAUUUUACGGGAACUAGAGUACCACAUUUUAAUACAAUCAAAGAAGAUUAUCCAAAAGAUUUGGAAUCAUCUGUUUUGUUUCCUGAAACUUUGCUCAAAACAUCUAUCAGAAAAGUGGGUCCUACAACAAAGCCAUCAAACUAUGAACUCUUACUGAAGAUGGAGGAUGAAAUUGUAAAUAAUAAAAAUACACAUGCCAAAAGACAGCGUCGGCAUCCAGAAAAUUCCAGCCAGCAUGCUGUAGCCAUGGUAAUUAUAUAUCGAACCUUGGGAUGUUUUCUGCCUAAGAACUAUGAUCCUGACCGAAGGAGUUUAAGGUUACCCAACCGCCCCACCAUUAAUACUCCAGUAAUCAGCGUAAUCAUUUACAGAGAUGGAAAUUCUUUGCCUAAUCUAGUGGACAGCCCAAUUAUGAUUGAGCAUGUUAUGCUGGAAACAAUGGAGAGAACAAAGCCUGUGUGUGUCUUCUGGAACCACUCAAUUGCAACUAGAGAAACAGCAGGAGGCUGGUCUUCCAAAGGGUGUGAACUGUUUUCUCGACGCCAGAACCGUAUUAUUUGUCAAUGUAACCACAUGACCAGCUUUGCAGUCCUGAUGGAUAUGUCAAAUCGUGAAUUUGUGUGCACCGUAAUAGCCAUUCUUUUGCACUAUUUCUACAUGAGCACGUUUGCGUGGAUAUUUGUUGAGCAACUUCAUAUCUACCGCAUGCUGACUGAAGUGAGAAACAUCAAUUUUGGGCACAUGAAGUUCUAUUACGUUAUGGGUUGGGGGAUUCCUGCCAUUAUUACAGGUCUUGCUGUUGGUUUAGAUCCUCAGGGAUAUGGGAACCAAGAUUUUUGCUGGCUCUCUGUUUAUGAUACCCUGAUUUGGAGCUUUGCUGGUCCAAUUGUAAUAGUUGUGGCUAUCAACACUGUGAUCUUCAUCUUAGCUGUGAAAGCAUCAUGCAAACGAAGGCAGCGCUCACUGGAGAAAACUGGUGUCAU